AUGGAAAAAGCCUGUCACAUUCCUGGGCCGCUGCGGCUCCUGCUGGCAAAGCCCUUCCUGCUGCUUCCACCUUUGAGCCCUAACCCGGCGGCGCGGCGGCAGCGGAGGGAGGGGCGGUUAAACCCUGGCCGGCAGAGGCUGACCGAGACGGCGCUCCAGAGCCGGCCUGACAUGUCCCUGCCCCUGGCAACGAGGGCUCUUACUUCUCGAAGCAAAGAGCCCAGGCGCGGGGUGGGCGCGAAAAGGCCUGGGUCGGGCCCGCGGCCCUGCUCCCGCGGCGCCUGCGCCACAGCGAGCGCCCCCUGUAGGGCGCACAGGAGCCAACCUCGGCCCGGCCGCGCCGCUCGCAGCCUCGGCCCCGCAGCCGCAGCCCCGCAGCCCCGCAGCCUCAGCCCCGCAGCCUCAGCCCCGCAGGCCCAGCCCCGCAGCCGCAGCCCCGCAGCCCCGCAGCCUCAGCCCCGCAGCCCCAGCCCCGCAGCCGCGGCCCCGCAGCCGCAGCCCCGCAGCCGCAGCCCCGCAGCCGCAGCCCCGCAGCCCCGCAGCCUCAGCCCCGCAGCCGCAGCCCCGCAGCCGCAGCCCCGCAGCCGCAGCCCUGCAGCCCCGCAGCCUCAGCCCCGCAGCCCCAGCCCCGCAGCCGCGGCCCCGCAGCCGCAGCCCCGCAGCCGCAGCCCCGCAGCCGCAGCCCCGCAGCCCCGCAGCCGCGGCCCCGCAGCCGCAGCCCCGCAGCCGCAGCCCCGCAGCCGCAGCCCCGCAGCCCCGCAGCCUCAGCCCCGCAGCCCCAGCCCCGCAGCCGCGGCCCCGCAGCCGCAGCCCCGCAGCCGCAGCCCCGCAGCCCCAGCCCCGCAGCCCCAGCCCCGCAGCCGCAGCCCCGCAGCCCCGCAGCCUCAGCCCCGCAGGCCCAGCCCCGCAGCCCCAGCCCCGCAGCCGCAGCCCCGCAGAGCGGCCUCAGCACCGCUCGGCCCCCGCACGCAGCGCACACACUCGCGCCUCACCCACGCCACAGGCACACGCUAUGGGCCAGGCUAG